AUGGAUACGACGAUUCUUCGUCGUAAAGAUACUACCAAGGGUCCUCCCUUGCGGAUCUUAUCGUUAGAUGGUGGCGGCGUCCGCGGCUACUCGAUGCUCAUCAUCCUCCAGGAACUUAUGUAUCGCGUCUAUGUCGAAUGCGAAGGCAAGGCUCCUCGUCGCGAUGAAAUCCCCAAACCCUGCGACCACUUUGAUCUCAUUGUCGGCACCGGCACUGGCGGCUUGAUAGCUCUCAUGCUGGGCCGUUUACGGCUCGAUCUCGAAACGUGCAAAGAAGUUUAUGUGCGCAUGACCCGUCGGGUUUUCGAAACGGAUAAGACCUUUGCUGGAAUUCCUUUCCGGUCAACCCUAUUCAAAGCCUCGAGAUUGGAGGAUGCUAUUCGUGAGUGUGUGCGUGAACACACCGUUUUCGAGGCGGAGGGAAAUGACAUGUCGCCCGGCGCUCGCACAUCUUUUGCCAACACGCCAUUCAGCCCCAACUCGAUCCCCCAGCGUUCCGCUAGCCGCGCCAGUUUCAGCACCGUUGGUUCGCAUUCUUCCAAUCCCAGUCAGCGGGAUUCGACAUUCAUCAAUGGUCUACGCUGGGGAAAUCCAAAUGCGUUGUUGUACGACAAUCGGGAGUAUCGCACCAAAACGGCGGUUACAGCAUUGUAUAAGGGCACUACGCGCAACGGAUCCGCUGUAUUCUUACGAUCUUACGACUCCCGAAAAGAACCCCCUCCGGAGUUUAACUGUACAGUCUGGCAAGCUGGUCGGGCAACGUCAGCCACUGGGCUUGCUUUUAAACCAAUUCAGAUUGGACAACAUGUCUUCAUCGACGAAGGUACCGGCACCUAUAACCCUGCACCGCAGGUCCUGGAUGAAGCGACAGUCAAUGAGUGGCCCGGUCGCGAAGUUGGAGUAUUUAUAAGCGUUGGUACAGGCAAACGUCCACCGGGUACGAAUAAUCGACAGCAUGAAUGGUGGGAGGACUUCUUUGGCGAUGCGCUGGGUACAUUUGCAGAGGCGCGCCGUCGGCUGAUCGCUAAGAUCGAGGGGUGUGAAGAUAUCCACAGGGACAUGCUCCGAGAGCAUUUGGCCAAGCGUAACGUGGUUAAGGAUAACUACUACCGGCUGAACGUCGAAGUGGGUGUGGGGGAGUUUGGUAUGAAUGAAUGGAACCGAUUGGCGGACAUCAGCACCAACACUCGUCGCUACCUCACCAAGCCUGAAGUGAAGAAGCAAAUUCUCGAUGCCGGUGUCAAGUUUGCUAGAAUCGAGCGCAUGCACCGUCGGGCGGCAGCGCAUGCGGCAGCUGGAAAUGAUAUGUCCAAUUUCCAGGAUGACAGUUCUAUAACCCAGAGUCCAAGGCUGUCUGUGGUGCCGCCUCCAAUUCCAGAUGCGGUGGAAUUACCCGCUGAGUUGCCAGGCGAUUUUACCUUGCUGUCACCAGCAGGGCCGCCCCCUCUACCGAUGAACGACGAUGAACUCCCAGUUCAUCCAAUGUCGCAGGAUGCAGUUUCGCCAACACCGGCGCGGGGUUCAGUCAGUGACCUGAGCGACAUCAGCCGACCCGGCUCACAACAACACGGGUCUCCGCGACGAAGUACCGAUCAUGUGCAUGAUGGCAUGCCGCCACCAGUACCUCCAAAGACCCCAAUUCCGUACCCCAGCGAGUUGGGAGGAAUUCCAAUGCCUACUCCAUUGGUAACCACAACGGGUCCUCUGGGGCAUGGACCGAAUGGGAAGAUUCGACCUCCCUAUCCAGUGGAUGAGCAUCCACCUGUGGUCAACAAGCAGCGAAAACCAAGUUACCACGUGCGAUAA